CUUGGAAUAGUCUAGCUACUUCCUAGUUUUAAUUCCAACCUUUAAAAUAAAAAGAGAGUUGAGGUUUUCAUUUUGCUACCUAGAAAUAAUUCCCUCCAUCUUUGCUAAUCCUGCUAAAACCCUAUGAUGUUAGAAGUUCAAAAUCCAUACAGAUGUGUUCACCAAAUUAAAGUGAAGGGCGAGGCAAAAGGCUAUGAUCAGUGAUCAGAUGCCCUUCGCGCUCGAAAUUAGCGUAUGCUCGUACGUAAUCUAUUUUAUCUAAUCUUCCCUUCAACACGAAACUUUUGUCUCUUCCCUGUGAUGUCGAUGGAUGAAAGAAACGUGGACAAACAUCUUUGGUAAUUCAAUAAUUUAUUGAUUUUCACAACUUUUGCCAGUUGGUGUACGCCAUAAAUAUAUAUAGCGCCCUUCACCGAAAAUAGCGAUGAACAAAUGCUCUUCAUUUAUUACCAUUCUUCAUAAUAACUUCAACAAGAAAAUCGUCUUCUUCAACUACUUCCUUACCCACUACAAUCCUCCUUUCAUUUCUAGCUUCCAUCAGUCUCGUCGAUUUUCUGCUUCAGGUUGCAGAACAUCCAUGGAGGUUGUGAAAGAGAUUGCUAAUCAUGGAAGUAUUGCUCUGAAAGCCGAUGACAAGAGUUAUGCCUACCACCAUUUAGUUUCUUCUGCUUCAAAAAUAUCCCUUUUGUUAUCCAAUCAUGACCAAAAACUCGAUAAUAAUAAGAGUCUAAAUGGUGCUAGAAUAGGUGUUGUAGCUAAACCUUGUGCUGAGUUUGUUGCUGGAGUACUUGCAAUAUGGUUAAAUGGAGGUGUAGCUGUUCCACUUGCACUCAGCUACCCUGAAGCUGAGUUAUUACAUGUCAUGACUGACUCGGAUGUGUCCAUGAUUUUGAGUACUGAAGAUCACAGUGAACUUAUGCAAAAAGUUGCAGCUAAAACUGCUGCUCGAUUUUCUUUAAUUCCAAAUGUUCCUACCAUGACUUCACAAACAGUUGAUAAUCAAAAAGAGAUUGUAUUUGCAAAUAACAUAAAAGACGAUGAUCCAGCAUUGAUUUUGUAUACUAGUGGAACAACUGGGAAACCUAAAGGAGUUGUUCAUACACACAGUAGCAUUUUAGCACAGGUGAAAACAUUAUCAACAGCUUGGGAAUACACAUCAAGUGAUCGUUUUCUACAUUGUCUUCCAUUACACCAUAUCCUUAAAUAAACAUUAAAAUAUUACUUUCAAUUCCUUUUUUUUUUUUCAAAAAUGAUUUCACAUUUCUUGUUGAUUCUUAAUUUAAUCUGUACAUGUUCAUGGGCUCUUCAAUGCACUAUUUGCUCCUCUUUAUGCGGGGUCCAUGGUUGAAUUUAUGCCAAAGUUUAGUGUUAGUGGUAUUUGGAAAAGAUGGCGUGAAUCUUACCCAAAAGAUGGGACUAAGCUUGAUGAUGCAAUUACUGUAUUUACAGGGGUUCCAACCAUGUACACGAGGCUGAUACAAGGCUAUGAUGCAAUGGAUCCAGAUUUACAAGCUGCUUCUGCAACAGCUGGAAGCAAUCUGCGUCUAAUGAUGUGUGGCUCCUCAGCUCUACCCCUACCUGUAAUGCAAAGGUGGGAGACCAUCACAGGACAUCUGUUAUUAGAAAGAUAUGGCAUGACAGAGUUUGUGAUGGCACUUUCAAAUCCGUUAAAAGGAAUGCGAAAAGGAGGCACUGUAGGCAAACCCUUUCCAGGAGUCGAGGUCAAGAUACUUACAGAAGAUAAUGUUAAUGAUGGGGUUGGUGAGCUUUGUGUGAAAAGCCCUUCGUUGUUUAAGGAAUACUGGAAACGUCCGGAAGUAACAAAGGAAUCAUUUAUAGAAGGUGGCUUUUUUAAAACUGGUGAUGCUGUUAGAGUUGAUGAAGAUGGAUAUUAUGUCAUUUUGGGACGUACUAAUGCUGAUAUAAUGAAGGUUGGUGGAUACAAAUUGUCAGCAUUAGAAAUUGAGGCAAUUCUUUUAGAACAUCCAGCUAUUUCAGAAUGUUGCGUGUUGGGGUUACCAGAUAAUACUUAUGGAGAAGCAGUGACUGCAAUAAUUGUGCCAGAUAUGGAGAUAAAGAAAGCCCGUGAAAAAGACUUAAAACCUGCAAUAACUUUGGAUGAACUCUCUUCAUGGGCUAAACAGAAGCUUGCUCCAUACAAGCUACCAACCCGGUUAUUCUUAUGGGAAUCACUGCCUCGUAAUGCCAUGGGGAAGGUGAACAAAAAGGAAUUGAAGAAGACACUCGCUGCUGAAGAACAAUAAACCAGUUUCACCAUAUGCAAAAUAUGCAAUGUAAUGUUUGUAGUCUUAUGUUGUUGCUUGCUAAUUUGGUGAUUUUGUUCGUGGUAGAAUAUUUAUCUUCUAUAUAGAUAACUUUAUUGCUAGUUGUAACAAGUCUUUUAGGAGUAAUGUGGUUUUUAUAUUGGAAAUGGCAUUAGUAUUUUGGUUUAUGAAAAAGAGGUUGUAUUCUUGUAGAGAACUUUUGAGGAUAAAUUAGGUAGAGAUUAUUGAGUGUUUUGCUUGGUUGCAUUGUUUAUGGACCUUUUGGUGUAGGCCUCAUGGUAAGACUGCCUCAAGCCAUUUGAUGUUUGAAUGCAUGUUGGUUGAUUGUUCCAAGUCUUUGAUUUGCAUAUAUUUGUGAGGCUCUAACAAGUGUUUAGCAUUAAUAUUUCGUUGGUGACUUAUUGGCGAAAUAGACAUGGAUAAAGCACUCCAAAAGAGUUUUCGUAGGUUUUUUUCUUAUAUGAUUCAACUGUUGGGAUGAUAGAGAUAGCAACAUGACUUACAAUCCCCAAAUUCUUGCCCUUAUAUUGUUAGAAUAGUCAUAUUUAUGUCAUAAUAUAUGAAAAACUCCCAACUUUUAUUUUUUGAAUAGUGCAUCUACUAAAUUACCAUUUUAUUAAAUUAAUUGUGAAUUAAUUUGGAGUGUACAAUCUUGGUGAUUUUAAUGUUAUCAAUAUGUUUUAGUGUAGUGAUUAAUAUUGAGAUAGACUGAAUUCUAUUUCACUCACCGAGGUUGAAGGUGCGGGAUGCACACUCAGAAUGAUUAAUAUUAGUUUGAGAUACGGGGGUCCGGGGACAGAGCCAUUUGGCGGGGUCUAGGG